CACAGCCCUCAGCGCCAGGAUCUACGUGGUAUGGUGUAGGCAAAGUCCUUCUUCUCGAUUGUUGGCUCGCAUCGUUCGCAGGGUUUAAAGAUAUAUUUAAAAGAUGCAAGCAGCAUUUUGGGGAGCCCGGCCGAACCCCACGUAAGCGCUUGUUGGCUGAGACCUAACACGCCUGGACUGCCACAGAACUGCUUGUCCAAAAUACAAGACUCCCUCCCUAUUGACCCGCGGCGUGAGCGACGUCCAAGGUUGCCUGACCUCUUAGAAUCCUUAAGAUUACAUAGUACGUCAUCGAGGACCUGCGAAUCAACAGCCAUUUAGGAUCCUCUUACCAUCUUACCUUCAAUGCCAAGUCACAUGUGAGCAGCAUAUCCACGGGGAAAGAUCGAGGAUUUGCGAUCUGAGGUGAGAAUGCGCAACUCUCGUUCUAGAGGCAACAUCAACGAGAGGCUCCCAGCAACGGUCCGAAACAGAGACCAAAGUCGACUGAAGCGAUGGCGUUCCUCUCUCACUCCAUACCUUGGCACACUCUCUCCUCGAUGUUCGAGUAUGCUGAAUGCAAAAAUCCAGGACCCCAGUACCCGGAUGUGUUCGUGAUUGCGCAGAAGGCACAGUGCAAGCAAGUCGAACAUUUUCUCACGAGCCUCCAGAAUGACAUUCGUGAGCACUCCAAAAUCGAGCGUGCCCGGUUCCGAUCUCCUCGACAAUAUCGACAUCAACCACGAGACUGGACCGACUCUUUUCAAAUAGGAAGAACAGAGACCAUCGCACAUCAUUCCGGAGGAGCUCCCUACGUCCAGACGCUCCAAGAGUAUAAUGCUGAAUUGCGCCAGCGGAUCUCUGGGAAGUGGGGAAACAAUCAUCUUGAGGAUCAGCAAGAUUCACCUGGUGAUCGGGCGGCAGAAUCCACGAAUUCGGGACCAUCUGCUUCGGGCGUUGCCCAGGGACUCAAAUUCCGUCCCGAAAGCUUCGCUCAUGACGAGGCCUGGUCUGCAAUGGCACAAGAUGCUCUGUGGCGCAAUCUCCCCACUGGCCAGGACGACCAGGGCUGGCUCAAGACAAGGAAUGUGAACGAUCUUCUGCAGUUCCUCUGUGUUGACGCAGCUACUACGACCGACCUCAAACGCCGGACGCAUCUGAUCGACGCCAUCUUCCUCCGUAUCCAUCGUCCGACAGCUGAAGAAUACGCGCCAGAUGGGACCCAAUUACCUUAUCCUCGGGGUCUCAUUGCAGAGGCUCUCGCACCAAUGGUAGAGCGGGUGUCCUUGGCAUUCGUCUACGUGAAUAUCCUCGCGUCCAUGAUUGCUGGCAACCACGCUCACCCGCUGUUGAGGGAAACGCAUCAGAUCGCACGCCAUCCGUGCAACAAUCCCGCGAAAGCCUUUUCGCCUCGGAUUCCGCGACCCGCAUAUAUGAACACCAGGAGCUUCUGCAAUAUGCGCGCGAAAGUUUACGAAGAACACGGCGCGUUCGUGCAGGAUUACCUCCUGAGCCCCAUGCUCGCGCCUCAUAUCGGUGGUCAGCGCCCAAGGUUUGCGUAUGGUCUCUCAUCGAAAGACGGCAGUCCCCCGCAGGAGGGUGACAUAUUCGAGGAUUCCGUCCGGCUCCGAGACGAUGUGAAGAGCAUGUGGAAAGUCUUGAUCUCAUGCGAUAUGUUCUUUCGGGAAUGUGGCAUGCAGCUUGACUGGGAAUACAUGAUCAAAUGUGCUCUAUUCACACUCUUCCCCGAGAACAUUGGGGCGCCGCAGUUGCUGGGGCUGCGUGGUCCAGCCUGUUAUCCAUAUCGCUAUACCAGUCGGGGGCGUGCGAUAUUAGAAGUUCCAUAUCCCUCAAAACCAUAAACGCAUGACGAUUUUGACUUAUCUUAGAACUCUAAUUCAUAAUCUUCAUCUGAAUAAAU